UUGAAUAUUUAGGCCAUCCUUACCUUAGAAUGAACAUACUCGACGGCAUUAUCUAUAAGAACUCGAUCUGUUGUUCCUAAAUUUCCUCCUAAUUAAUUUAAAAGGCUCAACGGGAUAUCACUGUAAUAUGAUAUUUACAAACAAACGAGGGUGAAGAGAGUGUUUUGCUUAGGCAUGAUCAUAUAAAUCCAAUAAUUAUAACAUUAAAUACCACAAAAUAAAACCAAUAGAACCAAUCCGAAUUACCGGGACCUAACUGAAACGCAACGGGUAUAGCAUAAAUUGAUAGCAUGAAGGAUUUACAUCACUUCUUUAGGCCAUAAAACACAAAUUUCCACACGCAAAUCAGGAAUAUCAAGUAUGUAAAUACGGAUGUCAAAUGUCACUUACGUCAACAAAUAUUAUUUUAUCAUUUAUUAGGAGUGGCUACUGUACUAGUACGAUUAUCGUAAUUUUCUGUCUUGUCUCAUUAUAGAUGGCAGCAACUAUAGUGAAAGUAGCCAGCUAAGCGACAUGCUUCCAGUGCAUUCAGAAUCCUGCUAGAUCCCUUAAUAACCUGAAUUAAUCUGUAACACCAUGUUCCUGAUUUAUUUACUAGCGGUGCUCGGGUACUUGUGUGAAACCAGGGCUUUGGAAGGACCGAACGUUUGCACCAGACAAGUAACGUACACAGAAAAGGUGAGAGUGACCGAACAAGUGCCCCACCAGAUUCGCGAGUUCGUCUGGUGCCUAAACUUCCCCCCGAGAUGCUCGCGGUAUAAAAUCAAAUUCGAGACCGUCGUCAAGGAACAGAAUCUGGUGAGGACCAGACCGGAGGAGGAAUGUUGCAAUGGAUACACGAAAAACGCCGCCGAGACUCAGUGUAUCCCGGUUUGCUCAAAAACAUGCUUGCACGGUAGCUGCGUCGCUCCAGAAACUUGCCAAUGCGAGAGCGGAUACGGCGGACCCAAUUGUGAUAUAUCUUGUCCUAAGAACUUAUGGGGUCGCGAGUGCCAAAACGAAUGCGAAUGCGAGAACAACUCGACCUGCGACCCGUUCAACGGUCAUUGCACGUGCAGUCGCGGUUGGAUCGGCGACUUUUGCCAAAAACGUUGUCCCAAGGACCGAUACGGGCAAAAUUGCGAGGAGGAAUGCCGGUGCGAUCGCGGGGAGUGCGAUCACAUCUCCGGCAAAUGUAAAUGUCACUCGGGAUACACCGGACCUUUGUGUGACGAGCCGUGUCCAAUCGGGACGCACGGCGACAAUUGCAAGUCAAAGUGUCCCUGUCAGAACGGUGGUACCUGUGACUCGGUGACGGGCAGUUGCUACUGUAAGAAGGGAUGGACGGGACAGGUGUGCGCCAAUCGGUGUCCCUUCGGGUUUUGGGGCACGAAUUGUUCGGAAAAGUGCGACUGUUAUAACGGCGCCUCCUGUCAUCAUAUCAAUGGCACUUGCGAAUGUCAGCCCGGAUUUACUGGAGAUCGCUGCUUGGAUGUGUGCCCGGACGGCAAGUGGGGCAAAGACUGUAAAGAAAACUGCACGUGUCAAAACGGCGCCACGUGUUCUAACAAAGACGGUUCUUGCACGUGCUCCAAAGGCUGGACAGGAAAAUCGUGCGCCGACAGAUCAUGUCCAGAAGGUCUGUGGGGACCCGAUUGUCAGAAUUCCUGCGUGUGCUCUGAAAAUACCAUUUUAUGUCACGCUUGGACUGGGGUUUGUGACUGUAAACCGGGCUGGUCGAACGAGGAUUGUUCCAGGCCGUGUCCCUACUUGAGCUACGGAAAGAAAUGCCUGGAAACGUGUAAAUGUCAAAACAACGCUCAGUGUUCCCCGAUUAACGGCACGUGCCUCUGUGGUCCGGGAUUCACCGGCAAAGAGUGCGAGCAAAAGUGUCCGGUGGGGGCUUUCGGCGAGGAUUGCGCCCAUAAAUGUGACUGUAAAAACGGAGCGACUUGUUCGGCCGAAACAGGUCAGUGUCAUUGUCCGGCCGGUUGGCAGGGACAACAGUGCGACCGUCCGUGCGGCGUCAACAAUUUCGGUACGCAAUGUAAAGGCAUUUGUAAUUGCAGGAAUGGAGCUUCAUGUAACCCAGUAAACGGAACUUGUACCUGCGGCGCGGGCUUUACCGGGCCCCUGUGCGAAAACAAAUGCCAGACCGGAUAUUUCGGGGUUAAUUGCGAACAGGUAUGCCAGUGUCAAGAGGGGACGAAUCUGGGAUGCGAUCCGGUCACCGGCCAAUGUAUUUGUAAACCCGAGUGGAAAGGAGUAAUGUGCGAAACGAAAUGUCCGGAGGGCAAAUGGGGCGAAAACUGCGACAAAGAGUGCAUCUGUCAGAAUAACAGUAGCUGCGAACCGGAUACCGGUAAAUGUUACUGUGCUCGCGGUUGGCACGGGGAAAACUGCACGAAACCGUGCGACAAAGGCUGGUACGGUAUCGGGUGUCAACAGAAAUGCCCGGAAAUGUCCGUGGGGAACAGGACGUGCGACCACGUGACCGGCGAGUACGUUUGCUCGCCCGGAUAUAUCGGAUUAACGUGCGAACAUCCCUGUCCGAUUCACAGUUUCGGCAAGAACUGCGCCCAGACGUGCACGUGCAAAAACGGCGGGACCUGUCAUCACGUCACUGGCGAAUGCCAAUGUCUUCCUGGCUGGGUGGGAUUAAACUGCACGGUCCCAUGCGAAUCCGGUCGAUUCGGGAUGAAUUGCAGCCAACACUGUAAAUGUCAAAACGGAGGCGAGUGCAGACGGAACGACGGAGAGUGCAGAUGUAAACCCGGCUGGAUCGGUACCCAUUGCACAGAAAUUUGUCCCGAAGGAUAUUACGGUGACCAUUGUAUGCAAGUGUGCCAAUGCGAAAACGACAACUUCCUCUGUCACCCGUCCGAGGGCUGCAUAUGCAAAAACGGAUUUGCCGGAGAAAACUGCGCCGAAUCGAACCUGUUGCGUUUGCAAAACAAAGAGGAAACGAACAACGUGGGCGUCGUGAUUGCCGUAAUCAUGGUGUGCUCCGUGUUCGUCGCGGUGGUCGUACUGCUGAUUUUCUAUUACAAAAGGCGGGUGUCCAAUUUGAAAACCGAAAUCGCCCACGUGCAGUAUAUCGCCGAUCCGUCAGGAUUUACAGGGGACCGUAACCACUUCGAUAACCCGGUGUAUACCUUCCAAGGACCGCCCGUUAAACGUGACAAUGCGACUCUGCUUAAUAAUUUCAAUCGUAUAGUGAACAACUUAAGUAAACCGUCGAAUUCGAGUAUGGAGAAGGCCAGAUUAGGCAUGGCUUGUUGUUCGACUGACGACGACGAGUUCGCGCCAAAAGGUGCAUACGGGACAAAUAUUGACGAACUGCGUCGCUUGAAAAACAAGGAUGCCGACGCGACUAAUCCUAAUAUUUAUCAUAGCAUCGAGAAGUUAACCGAACACGUUUAUGACGAAAUUAAACAGGACCACAAGGAACUAGAUUCGGAAUACGAUCAUUUGGAGUACUCGGGACCCGUGAGCAGCGUGAAACCUCACUAUCAACGAAUGCCGUCGCCGUUCGGGUCAAAAGAUUUAACCAACGGCGAGAAGUGAUCAGGGUAAUUUCAGUUAGUUGUUAAAAUUUAAAAAAGAAAACAGCUUUUUAUAUCAAAUGACAUUAAAUGGCUGCUAAACUGUUAGAUACUUAUAAGCAAGGAUUUUUGAUUGAUUUUUGAAAAAAAAUUUUUAUGCACGUGUAUAAUUCAUUUAUUAACAAGACAUAUCUUCUACUACUAGUACUUUAUGUAUAAUACGUAUCAUUUUUAAUAUAUUGUAUAUUUGGAGCUGCCAAUUUGGCUCUAAUUUGGAAUAAUUUUACGAAAUAUCGAUCCUAGUGUUAAGCUGCUAAAAAGGACAUUAUUUCCCGUAAAGUGACCAAAACCAUAUUUUAAAAAAUACCAUAAUAUAGGGCAAACUUGACCAAAAUGAUUUUUAUAAUGUAAAAUUUACUUACAAUGUUAAUGAAUUUUUCUUUUCAGUUUUUUAUAAGUAAACUCUUAAAAUAUCUUGGACUUGUUUUGUAUAAUACUUCUUAUCUACAAUAUUUAAUCUGUUUUUAAAGGUGGUAGACAAUGGUACAGUGAAAACAUCUCGUCGAACUUGCAUUGUCUUAUUUAUUUAAUGUAACACGACGUUUCGGUUGGUAAAUAUCUCCAACCGUUAUCAAGUGUAAACUGUUCAGUUUACACAAGGCGAAGUUGACUAUUAUAGUUUUUGU